GAAGUCAUCAAUUGGACAAACAAUACGCCCCAAAUCAAGGCAAGGACUAUUACUUCCUUCACACCUAACAUUUUAAUACUUGGGCUCGGCGUGAGAUCAAUGUCUGAUAAACGAGUUGCCCUAAAAGCCAAGCAACUUUCUACACAAAAAAAGAGACGAAAACGUACUGACCCUAGUGUAAAAACUCCUGCUAUGCCUAGCACACCUACAAGACCUGGAAUUACAACCCCAAUGUCACCAGUGCUUUCCCCGACGUCUCCCCAUAGUUCAAAUAAAAUCCACCCUCACCCCUUGUCCACCAACUCGCGUAACGAAGAACGCUCGACCUCCUCUACAAAUUCAUCCUCCGCGGAAGAGUCAGAAAGAGUCGUGGCGGAGGACGAGGAGGAUCUUGAGGAUUAUUGUAAGGGGGGUUAUCACCCUGUUAAAAUUAAUGAUGUUUUCAACGAAGGUAGAUACACCGUUGUACGCAAGUUAGGUUGGGGCCAUUUUUCGACUGUUUGGUUAGCAAAAGAUAAUCGCCUCAAUCGACAUGUCGCUCUUAAGGUUGUCAAAUCAGCUCCACAUUACACGGAAACGGCUUUAGAUGAAAUUAAGUUGUUACAAAAAAUUGUAGAUGCAAAUCCAGAGGCGCCAGGACGUAAACAUGUCGUAGAGCUCUUGGAUCAUUUUCAUCAUCGUGGACCGAAUGGUACCCAUGUGUGCAUGGUGUUCGAAGUGUUGGGAGAAAAUUUACUGAGUUUGAUAAAACGGUAUAACCAUCGAGGUGUUCCAGCUCACUUGGUGAAACAAAUAACUAAACAAGUACUCAUGGGAUUGGAUUAUAUGCAUAGAGAAUGUGGCAUAAUUCACACAGAUCUAAAGCCUGAGAACGUAUUGGUCUGCAUUGAUAACGUGGAGGAGGUCGUAAGGAAUGAACUUUUGAGUGGUGCAAAACCAACAGCUCUUUCUUCUACCAAAAAAGGAAAUCAAUUACGCAUCACCGGAAGUCAACCUCUGUCAUCACCAUCAUCUGUAUCGCCAACAACAAGCCAGUCAACACAAGGUAUGUCAAAGAGUCAAAAGAAGAAACUAAAAUUAAAAUUGAAGAAAAAAGCUGUUAAGGAACCGCCACAGAGUGGUGUUGGAACUGAUAAUGAUAAUGAUGAAGAGAUAGAGGGGUUAAAUAGGAAUGACGAAAGGAUUGGUGAUGAUAGUGAAAUAUAUGAAAAUCAUAGUCCCCGAGAAUCUACUACUGACACUUUGGAACGUAACCUUAAUGACAUUUCUCUUGUCGAUUCUACUUCGUAUCAAAAUUCGUCUUCAUCUAUAGUUACUUCCACAUCUCAAGCUAAACUAACGCGUAAACCAUCUAGCUCGACCAAAUGGACUACCCCUGAUACUAUUACGGUUAAAAUUGCCGAUUUGGGUAAUGCUUGUUGGGUAGAUCAUCAUUUCACGAACGACAUACAAACAAGACAAUACAGAAGUCCGGAGGUCAUUUUGGGUAGUAGAUGGGGUCCCAGCGCCGAUAUCUGGAGUAUGGCUUGUAUGGUAUUUGAACUUUUUACCGGCGAUUACUUAUUUGACCCACAGGCUGGGUCUCGAUAUAAUAAGGAUGAUGAUCACAUAGCUCAGAUUAUGGAGUUGUUAGGAUUAUUUCCUAAACAUUUAGCGUUAAAUGGCAAAUAUUCCAGCGAUAUAUUUAAUCGCAAAGGUGAACUCCGUCACAUCCAUAAACUCCGACAUUGGAAGCUUCCGGACGUUCUGCAGGAAAAGUAUCUGCUUCCACCAAAUGAAGCCGAUUUCAUGGCAGAUUUCUUACUGCCCAUGUUGGAUUUAAAUCCCGAUAAGAGGUCUAUGGCACGUCAGUCACUGAAUCACCGAUGGCUUCUGCUGGACGAGAACGAUGAUAGAAAAACUUCUUCGGGAUCACCACACACAGUCGAUUCGCGGGAGAUUAAUGGGACCAGUAAGACUCUAGAUCAAAGUAGAAACAAAGUCGGAAAAAGUAGAGAUAGAGACCGAGAGAAAGAAAAGGACAAAGACGCUAGCGGUGUCUUCGAAAAUGAAGAUGAGGGAGAUCAAAAUCGACGGUCUGAAUAUCACAAGACUAUUUCCACCAAAACCUCUGCAGUUGAUUUUAAAAACGAACACGUGAGACGUUAUUGA